AUGAGCAAUUCGAAAAAAGAGACAAGGGCGCAGUUUGUAGAUGAGUCCCAUGGGUUGCCUUAUGGAGGCAAGAGCACUCAAAGUCUUCGUAGUGCUUUGAAGCAGCGGAGACCAUCUGCAGAUGGUCAUUAUAGUACUGGUGAUGAUGAUAAAGAAGAUGAAUUAGGUAGUUUAGUUGUUUCGUCGCCUUUGCUGAAUUCUACGCCUCCGACGGUGACGAAAUCAUUAGUGAAAUUGUAUCCUUAUCUGAUCAUCGCAGAUAGGGUUUUGAGUAUGUUGACGUGGACUACUGAUGAUAUAUGGGAAAGUGUUUUGCUGGUAAUUUGCUUUAUGACCAGUGUUAUCUAUUUCGAGGCUUUGAUUAAAUUCUUUGGUCAUUUGCUGAUUGUUGGAAUUUUAUGGGGGUAUUCAUUGCUGGACAAGUACGUUGAGGAAACGAUACGAGAUCGGCCAACGUUGGACGAUAUUGUACAAAUGAUGUCCAGGGUUGUUACAAAGUCUGAUUUGAUGCUUUCGCCAAUCAGCGUUUUGAAUGGCAACGAUAUAAAGAGGCUGUUGUUUACUAUGGUGUUUCUAUCUCCAAUAUACAUGAUUAUUACAAUGUUUAUGAUUCCUCCAAGGAAGUUUGUUCUGGUUGCCGGGGUUUAUCUGUUGACUUAUCACUCUUCGUGGUCCUGUGUGACUAGGAAGUUGUUAUGGCGUUUUAAGUUGGUGAGAUUGCUCGCCUUCUACGUCACUGGCUUGGAUCUUGGUGGUGUUAACAAGAAUAAAGGAGGUAUAUUUGCAGCGGUCCACAAAAAGGUUAAGAAGCUCUCUGGCACCAAGAAUGGUGCUAACGAGGAUAAGCCAAUCCGGUUCACAUAUGUUCUUUAUGAGAAUCAAAGACGGUGGCUCGCUAUUGGCUGGACUUCUAACAUGUUGAGCUACGAAAGGAGUGCGUGGACUGACGAGUUUUUGAAUGAGGCACCCCAACCAGAUCAAUUCAAGCUCCCUGAAGAAAAUGGAGGCAUGAUUUGGAGAUGGGUGGAUAAAACGUGGAGACUAGACAUGACCAAUGAUGGCGCGAUCCAUUUGCCUAGCACGAGACUCAAGACUACAGCCACGCCUAACUCCGACGACGGUUUUAUCUAUUAUGAUAAUACAUGGAAGAAACCAUCCACUGAAGACUCCUUUUCUAAAUAUACCAGACGCAGACGAUGGAUUAGAACCGCCGAACUAAUUAAGCUUGGAUCUAUCGGCGAUGCUGACGAUGAGCCAAUGUCUACAUUUAUCUCAGAGGACGAUGCAGAGGUUCUUGAAGACGUUGCUGCGGGUGGAAGGAAGGUCGUAAGGUUUGGGGAGGACGAAUCUAGUCCUCUCGGUUCGCGUGAAAGAAAAGUAUCCUUCAGUGAAGUAGAUGACAUUCACAUCAUACCAUCACCCGAAGAGGAAAAUGGAACUACGAGUAAUAAGAACAGUAUUUCGGGCCCAGUAAAGGACAGGUCUAAAAACAAGCCAGAGGAAGAAAUUGAAAAUACUAAACUUGAAUGUAUUCCUGCAGAAGAGAGUGAAAGCGCAAAGAAUGCGCAACCACCAUCUAAUCAGAAAGAGUCUCUAGCCGAUAAGAAAAGUGUAUAG